AUGGUACGAAGAUCUCAAGUACAAGCCCAUCCUAUUACUCGAACUAUUAAUAAAAUACGAUUGAUUGAUGAAUUACCAAUAAAUCAAAAAUACAAUUUUGUUUUACUUGGUAAUGGCAAUUUAGUCUUUGGUAAAAUUCCACAUAGAACACUUAAAUAUCCUUAUCGAUUAUUAAGUAAACAUGUGGUUCUUGCUAAACGUUCGUCCAAUAUACGAUUUGCAGGUGAAACAUUGCUUAUGAAUAAUAAUUAUGGUACUUAUCGACCGGAUGAUAAAAUGGUGCCUGAUGGUGUGGCUUAUUUUCAACGCCUCUUUUCUCAUUUAUUACCGUUUCUUAUUGAAUCAAUUACGUAUACACCACUAUCUUCAGAAAAAUAUGAAUCAGUAUCAACAUCAACUCUAUUCAAUGGUGAUAUUCGUACGAAAUUAGCACGACGUUUAAAAAUACAAUUUCAUUUGUAUUCUGAAGCAGCGAACAGAUGUCAACAAGAAUUUCCGAAUCGAAAACCAAGCAAUCGAAAUAAAAUUCAUACAAAUGCUUAUUUAAGAGAUAGUGGAUCAUUAUCUUUUGAAACAAGUUCAACAUUUUCUCUAGAUAAUAUAUCGAAAAUAAAUAUACCUGACUUUUAUGUAUUUUGUACACCUAAAUAUACAAAUCGUAAACAGCACCAAAUAGAUUAUGAUCGUGUAAGAAAAUAUAUAAGGACAACAAUACAAACAUCACCAUAUAGAAUGUUAAUAUUUAAACAAGCUUUGAAAGAAUGUUGUCGAUGCGGGAAUUAUUAUCAACUAGGGAGUCUAUGUUUAGCAGCUGAUACAACUAUUGAGAAGAUUCAUUUUGAUAAUAAUGAUACUGUACUUCAUGAAUGUAUCAAAUUAAAUAAUGAACAAUUGACAAGAGAACUGAUUAGAUAUAAAUUUAAUAUAGAUGUUGAUGGAGAACUGGGUACACCACUAGUUACAGCAAUUCAUUAUAAUAUGCUUUGGGCAGUAGAAAUAUUGCUAAAAAACGGAGCUGAUUUAACUAAACGUCAUAUCGAUUGGCCAUACUUGACACUCUAUGAAUAUUGUAUACAAUUUGCAAAAACUGAUAUAAAAAUUAUAAUCAAUAAUUAUAUUACAUCGUUAAUUCAUAAACAUAAAUAUACAAUUAUGCAAAAAUUAAUAAAGGAUGGUUGGAAUAUUCAUUUGAAAAAAAGAUGA